GGCGCCUACGCCCGAGCGGUCAUCCCCGCCUCCUUCCUCGCCGUGCCACGCCGGCAGCAGGCGCUCACCAGCUCGAGUAACCAAAUUCACGCACUCUUGACAGGAACGCCGCGGCCGCAAGGGUCGUACGGACGGGGGCUCGCCGGGAGACAGGAGGUGUUCGCGGACUCGUCGACGAGCUGCACUCAUCAUUGUAUGAUCCAGAUACUUUCGAGGAUAGCAACAAGAAGCCCUCGCCGAGCCAUCUCUGCAUCCAAUCCGUGUAGCUCGAAACUUCAUCGGGCAGAAUUCUCUUGUUGGGAUCCAGCUUACCUAGGUAAUAGUACUGUUAGCCCCAGCUGUACCAUGAGGUCGGGUGAUGGAAAUUCAGAUGGCCAGGACACGCCACUCGCCGAGGGGAAGGACCACGGCUGCUCCCCAGGUGUCCAGUCCACACCGGACAUCGAGAAGAAGUACGUGCACCGUGUCUACGAUGCCAUAGCCCCUCACUUCAGCUCGACACGGUUCGCCAAGUGGCCCAAGGUUGCGGGGUUCCUCAACGCGCUGAGGCCAGGGUCCGUCGUGCUGGAUGCCGGCUGCGGCAACGGCAAGUAUUUGGGCUUCAAUCCUGAGUGCUUCUACAUAGGCUGCGAUAUAAGCCCGCCGCUUAUAGAGAUAUGCGCUGGGAGGGGGCACGAGGUGUUGGUCGCCGAUGCCGUCAAUCUCCCGUACAGGGAAAACGUUGCUGACGCCGCAAUUUCAAUUGCGGUGUUGCAUCAUCUGAGUACCGAGGACAGGCGGAGGAAAGCCAUACAAGAGUUGAUCCGUGUUGUCAAGAGAGGUGGUCUUGUGCUGAUCACUGUUUGGGCUGUGGAGCAGGAAGACAGGUCGCUUCUUAACAAGUGGACUCCCUUGUGCGACAAGUAUAAUGAAGAGUGGGUUGAUCCAAGCAGUCCGAUGGUGCGUAACAAAUCUGCUACUAUGCUAGAUAGCAUUGAAGAGACCGAUGAAGACACGGGCGCCGUCAAGCAAAUGGAUGAUCGGCUGAAAAAUAGUUUUGAUGGUUUGGAGGAUAAGACCUUAAUUAUGGAUGAGCAUGACAAAACCCAGCAGGAGUACUUUGUUCCUUGGCAUCUACCAUUUCACCGAGCAGAAAUUGGCGGUGCAUCUGCUGCUGCUCUACAGAAUGGAUUGGCAAAGAAAGAUGAUAAGAAGGGUACUGUGGUCUACAACCGUUAUUAUCACAUUUUUGUCGAAGGAGAACUUCAAAGGUGGAGUUUUCUUAACCUGAACAUUCACAUGAAAAAUGCUUCUUUUCUUUUAGUCCUCUUAUUAUUCGUGAACCUGCACAAGUGAAGAUGUUAAAUAAUGUCAUGUUUUUGGAAUCACCAUACUAGAGGUAUCAUACAGUCUUUCUACUUCAUAGCGUUAACUUGACAGCUAAGUCACAUCAUCCUAUAUUUAUUUGUUCAGAGAUGUCACACAUGAUGCAACUUUUACUCUAGAUAGUACCAUACAGUACACUUGUGCAUAUCAACAUGCUCAUUUGGUUAGGCAAACAAUUGCGCGACAAAUUGGGAAAUGUGAGCUAUACAUGCGAUUUGAUGGCUAUGGCGUUCUUUUGUUGUAUCUUUCUUCAGUUUCAGAAAGGGUGACCUCUUUUGUUGUAUCUUUCUUGAGUAAAGAUUUUCCAGAAAGGGUGACCUAUUGCUACCAUCUUAUGGCUCAUUUGGUUCCAUACCAUUAUCAUGUUACUGCAUUAUGAGCCAUUAAACAAAGACAGAAAGUAGCAUGCCAAAAUAAGUGUCGUUGAUCUUGUACAAAAUUUGUACUGAUUUAGUACUAAAUCCGCGACACUUAGAGGUAUCAUAGAGUCUUUCUACUUCAUAGCGCUAACUUGACAACUAAGUCACGUCAUCCUAUUUUUAUUUGUUCAGAGAUGUCACACAUGAUCUAUCUUUUACUCUAGAUAGUACCAUACAGUACACUUGUGCAUAUCAACAUGCUCAUUUGGUUAGGCAAACAAUUGUGCGACAAAAUGGGAAAUGUGAGCUUUACAUGCGAUCUGAUGGCUAUGGCGUUCUUUUUAUCUUUCGUGAGUAAUGAUUUUCCAGAAAGGGUGACCUCUUUGGUUGUAUCUUUCUUUAGUAAAGAUUUUCCAGAAAGGGUCACCUAUUGGUACCACCUUAUGGCUCAUUUGGUUCCAUGCCAUUAUCAUGUUACUGCAUUAUUAGCCAUUAAACAAAGAAAGUGGCAUCCAUCAUCUGCUUUCGUUUUGCUUCAGCUAUGGUCUUCUGAUUGAGAAUAACAUCUUGCAUUUGUUGUGUCGCCA